AUAUAUAUAUAUAUAUAUAUAUAUAUAUAUAUCCUUGUCUCCGAAUGCCAAAAAAAUGUUUAUAUUUGAAUUCAGAAACAUGGCAGCAUCUAUGAAAAUUGUGGCUUUUAUGGUAUCGUUGAUGGUCCUUAUUUCUACCGCUCAUUCCGAGAGUGGCACUGCCAGCUACUCCCAACCCCUAGGUGGUGGCCCACCCCCAUCUUGUUACGGAAUUUUCAAUCAGACAACCCUAUUUGCUGCAGCUAGUCCGGCAAUAUGGGGUCGUAACGGGGCCUGUGGAAAGAGAUACAGAAUAACUUGCACCGGUAGCUCAAAUCCGGGUACCCCAAAUCCUUGCACCGGUAGAAGUGUUGAUGUUCAGAUAGAUGAUUUCUGUCCGGCUUGUGAAACCACAUUUGAUCUUAACCAGAAUGCGUUUGCCGUCAUUGCUAAUCUUGAUGCCGGGAGGAUCACGAUUCAAUACAAUCAGCUGUGAUUGAUUAGCCAAAAAGAAUAAUGAAAACAUGAAAUCCUGCUUCAGUGUGGGAUCUAGAUAUGGUGCUUAUAAUUAAUAUAAUCGCAUCGAAUAAGGAAGAAAUUUGUUGCUUAUUGUUAGUCCUGUUAUUUUCCCCUUGUUUUUGUUUAUUGAAAUAAAAUGUCCUUUUUUAUCGUAAUAUCCAUUUUUCAAAACAUCGUUACGAUUUCAUCAGCAGAUCUCAUUUCGGAUUGACCAGACCCAGCAAACUUUCAUAAGAUAAGAUGAAUAGAAAAUGCC